AUGGCUCCCCCUUUCUUUAGCGACAUUUCCAAGGACAUCAACGGUCUGUUGAACCGCGACUUCUAUCACGGCACCCCCGCCGCCGUGGACAUCAAGACCACCGCUCCCAACGGUGUCGCGUUCGCCGUGAAGGGUAAGAGCUCACCAAAGGACAACGCCAUCGCCGCCAACGUCGAGGCCAAGGUCACCGACAAGGCUACCGGUCUGACCCUGACCCAGGGCUGGUCCUCCGCCAACGCUCUGGAUACCAAGAUCGAGCUGGCCGAGCUGACCCCAGGCCUCAAGUCCGAGCUCGCCACCACCUUCGUGCCAGGCGCCUCCAAGGCCGCCAAGCUGAACCUCAGCUUCAUCCAGCCAUUCUUCACCGCCAGAGGUGCCUUCGACUUGUUGAAGGGCCCAUCUUUCGUGGGUGACUUGACCCUGGCCCACGAGGGCUUUGUUGGUGGUGCCGAGGUCGGUUACGACAUCGCGGCCGCCGCUGUCUCCCGUUACGCUGUCGCCCUCGGCUACUCCGCUGGCGCCUACUCCGUUGCUCUGUCCAUCAACAACGCUCAAUUGACCACCGCCUCUUUCUUCCAGAAGGUCAGCCCAUUGCUCGACGUCGGUGCCAAGGCUGUUUUGAACCCACAGGCUGGCUCCAACGUCAACAUCGAGUUUGCUUCCAAGUACACCUUGGACGCUACCUCCCAGGUCAAGGCAAAGGUUGCCGACUCUGGUAUCGUCGCUCUGGCUUACAAGCAGGCCUUGAGACCCGGCGUCGACCUGGGUGUUGGUGCCUCUUUCGACGCUCUAAAGUUGUCUGAGCCCGUUCACAAGCUUGGCUGGUCCCUAUCCUUCUCUGCUUAA